AAGUCACCGAAAAACCUAGCCGCAGCCCCACCUAAAUUUGCUCAUUCGUAUUUUAUUGCUGCUCUUCGCCUUCGAAACAGCAAUCACAACCUCAGAUUUCGUAGCAAAUGACGACCCGAUUCAAGAAGAACCGAAAGAAGAGGGGCCAUGUGAGUGCCGGCCACGGUCGUAUCGGGAAACACCGAAAACAUCCCGGAGGUCGCGGAAACGCCGGAGGUAUGCACCACCACAGGAUCCUUUUCGACAAAUACCAUCCGGGGUAUUUCGGUAAAGUUGGUAUGAGAUACUUCCACAAGCUCCGCAACAAGUUCUAUUGCCCCAUCGUCAACAUCGAUCAGCUCUGGUCUAUGGUUCCCCACGAUGUUAAGGACAAGGCUAAUAAAGACAACGUUCCGUUGAUAGACGUCACUCAGUUCGGCUACUUUAAGGUUUUGGGAAAAGGCAUGUUGCCAGAGAAUAAGCCGGUCGUUGUCAAGGCCAAGCUGGUAUCAAAGACUGCUGAGAAGAAGAUUAAGGAGGCUGGCGGUGCCGUGGUGCUCACUGCUUAGGGUCAUUUGGGUAAUUUUCUCUGGUUUAGGACAUUGUUAUUGCUUUCUGAUUAUGUUGAGGCUUGUUUACCUUAAAGAUUUUGAUUUAUCUCGUUUAAUGACCAGAGACAAUGGUUUAUGGCAUCUUUAUCUAUACCCGUUUGAUUAAUGAACUAGGUUGUCUGGCUUUCAAAUGUCAACAACUGGAUGCACUGUUUAACA